AUGAUUGGGGGUAGGUCUUAUGCAUGCUUACUCUGAAAGUAUUGCAGCCUGAGACCUGUCACUAUGAGAAUUGUAAUGAAAUGUGCGUGAAGUGCUUGUGUGUUUCAGUAUUUUUUAAAAAAUAAAAGCUUCUGUCUUUGAGUUCUCCUGCUUUGUUUCUUGUCUCUUCAGCUAACAACUUCUUUUGAAAUGUUUUUAUUUUGGAGAGUUGUUGUACCAGCUAGCAUUGCCAAUUCUAUCCCAUUCCAGGAAAUCGGUCAAGCAACGCUCUUGCUGAGGGAAAGAGUUCAGUGAUCUCAGUACCACUCACAGGUUUUGUGUUGGGGAGCCAUUAUCUCCCAAGGUUAGGAUACCAUGUUAAAUCUUAAAACUAAGACAAGGAACUAGUCAGUUCUCAAUAUGACAGCUGAGCAAGCAGAUGCAACUGCCUCAUUUGCUUGUGAAGCAAUUCCUGCCUUGAGAAAGACUUGCGGUUACAGCUAAUUGCGGCUAAAAGGUCAUCUCUUUGGGUCUACUCAGUUUGGACUGUCACGGCUUUCCCCAUCAAAUGCAGACCCUGAAAUUUGUUUAAAGAGUGUCUAGUCAAGUUAAAGGGAGGCGGGAAGUUAUGAGUGUGGUUGGGUGAGGAAAUAGUAAAAAGUGAGGUCAGAGAGAAAUGAAAUGCAGAAAAGUACAGGACUGCGGCAAUUCUGAGGACGCAAGGUGAGAAACAGGCAGAGGGGUGCAAAAAAGGGAAGGGGGAAAUGAGUGGCUGCUGGUUCCUGCCCCAUCAGGGCAACAUUUGGGGGCAGACGUCCAGGGCCCCAGGGCCAGGCUUGCUACUGCAAAAGACCGAGGGUGUGUGUUCGCAUUACUGCCUCAAAGUGCAGUGAAGUUUUUGAGGGUUUUUGUGUGUGUGUGCAUUUCUCAUCUCCCUCCCUCCCACCCAGCUCCUUUUUAUCUGUAAAAGAAAAUAACAAGCAUUUAAAAGAAUUCAGAAAUAAUAAUUAAAAUCAACUGUAAUCUAAAACCAGAUUAAAACACAUGACAGGCUGGAUAUUUGAUGUGCUCAUAGGCCCUCCUCCCAGGUUGGUCACCCCUGCUCUGGUGCCACAGAAUAAUGUUGCACGCCACCUCAAUCUGAGGUGCGGGGUUCAAUUUCCAUGGAAUGAGGGUCAGUGGUGACUGCGGUGUCUUUAUGAUAUAUGGUUUAUUUGCAUAUAUAAGGUAAAGGACCCCUGGAUGGUUAAGUCCAGUCAAAGGCGACUAUUGUUGCACAACCCUCAUCUUGCUUUCAGGCAGAGGGAGCUGGGGUUUGUCCACAGGCAGCUUUCCGGGUCAUGUGGCCAACAUGACUAAACCGCUUCUGGCACAACGGGACACCAUGAUGGAAACCAGAGCGUACCUUCCCGCCGCAGCGGUACCUAUUUAUCUACUUGCACUUGCUUUUGAACUGCUAGGUUGGCAGGAGCUGGGACAGAGCAACGGGAGUGCAUCCUGUUGCGGGGAUCCGAACCGCUGACCUUCUGAUCGGCAAGCCCAAGAGGCUCAGUGGUUUAGACCACACCACCACCCCAUUUGCAUAUUUACCUAUUUGCGUACACGCCCACCCACCCUGACAACAGAAAUCAAGCAUGGCUUUCCUUCCCUGGCUUCCGCCUGAAGGCUGCUUCCAACUCUCACACAUGACUCUGCUGCCCCUACCAGCCAGGUGAUUGAGGGGGAGCACCCAUUUGGCACAAAGCUACUUCCCUUUGUUAUAGGUAAAGGUAAAGGGACCCCUGACUAUUAGGUCCAGUCACAGACAACUCUGGGAUUGCGGCGCUCAUUUUGCUUUGUUGGCUGAGGGAGCUGGCGUACAGUUUCCCCAGUAAGUCACCAAGAAGAUGGCCUGGCUAGUUCAUACCAGAUUUUAACCCUUGCUGUGGGUCUAGGAGCCCAGGAAUUAGGGCUCGGGCAUUAUGCAGACUACUAGUAAAGGUAAAGGGACCCCUGACCAUUAGGUCCAAUCGCGGACAACUCUGGGGUUGCAGCGCUCAUCUCGCUUUAUUGGCCGAGGGAGCCGGCGUACAGCUUCCGGGUCAUGUGGCCAGCAUGACUAAGCCGCUUCUGGCGAACCAGAGCAGCGCACGAAAACGCCAUUUACCUUCCUGCUGGAUCGGUACCUAUUUAUCUACUUGUACUUUGAACAAGUAGGUUGGCUUUCGAACUGCUAGGUUGGCAGGAGCAGGGACCGAGCAACAGGAGCUCACCUCGUCGCAGGGACUCCCCCCCCCAAAAAAAACCUCUCAACACUAAAAUCCCACAAAAGCUAGGCAUAUAUCAAGUUCAUAAGUUUAUUGUUCUAGCCAAAGUCCACAACAAACUGGCGCCAGGCAAUAGUAUUAAUAAAAUAAUACAAAACAGCGUCCAUAAAAGGGCAUACAUAACUGGCAACAGUUCAGAAGCACCCAGAUCCGUGCUUGAAGGCAGAUAAAAACUCAGAAAGGGAUGACUCGGAUGGCGCUGCCGGGAACUGCCCGCUCUUCUUGGAAUCCUGCGCUUACAAGCAGGAGCUACUUUCACUUUCACUUCCUGGUCGAACAAAAGCCCCGCUGGGCAGGCGAGGAGCCAGAGUUAGCAGGGUCGGCGGGAGGUCUGGGAGCCAGAGGCCGCUGCUGCUGUUGCUGCUGCUGCUGCCGGGAGGUAAGGAGAGCGCCCGGCCGCGUUUCGGGCGGACCCCGCCGCGGUCGGCAGUUUCGCCGCGAUCCCAGUUGCUGAACAGCCGCGGAGGCGGAGCUUGGAGAGCCGCCUCCUCGUUUGCCAGCUGCGAGAAUCCACACGUGCAAUCCCAGCCCUCUUUACCCGGGAGUCAUCCUCGUGGCAUAGGGGCCAACUCCCUGGGACCCUGGUGGGUGCGCCAUCGCCCACAAAAUUCCCCAUAAAGGGGACCGGGCACCCACAGAUUUGGGUGCCAGGGUCAUGCACGCUGCAUGGCACCCACGGCCCCGGGGCCAAGUUGGCACUCCUGCCCCGUGGGGUUAAAGGAAGGCUUACUUCUGAGUAGACGUUGCACCGGAAAGUUGGGAACCGCCGCGCUCCUGCGCGAGAGGAGAGGGGGAGAGCCGUCGCCGUCUGGUUUACUUCCGAGUAGACGCGCGGAGGAUCGGUUUGCUGGUGCGCAUGCAAAAGCAGAGCAGCGGCGCUCACGGGGCAGCGAAGGGCCGGUUGUUUAUUCUGGGAUCCCCACCCGAGCUAGUUUUAGCCAGCCAUUUGGAGCUGCGCCGAAGCGAAGCUCUUUUUGCUUACGAGGUGCUGCCAAAUGUCUCCGCGCGUCUGAGGCUGAUUUAGCGCCAAGCUGCGGGGGCCGGGGGGGGGGGCGAUGAGCUAAGGAAAGAGUUCUAGCCAGGGGUGUCAACUUCAGUAAAAUUGUGGGGGGGGGGGGAGGUAAGCCUCGCACCACAUAAUCGAUCACAUGACACGGCGCACGCACAUUGUUUGAAUGGCGAUGCGGGGGGGCGCGCGACCCCCUCAAACAUUUUAUUGCGGGGGGGGGGCGAAGGGACCAAUGAUGCUAACUAAGAAGAUGGGUUUUGUGCAUUUGGCAUCAUUACCCCUUUGGGGCGUGUCUCGUGACAAUCGGCCUGGGGAUUCCCACACGAACCCUGUGCGGUUUGUGGUUUUGCGCGAUGGGUUGCUUUGCAGGCUGCAAAGAGGCCAGUCAACCUUCCGGGUCCUCUGUGUGUCUCUGGGCAAGGCAGGGCCUCGAUCCGGAAACCGAAGCAAGUUUUAACUGCCUCAGUAAUUAUCACAGGGAGGGAGGGAGACCCCACGAAGCUGGUGGUUUUGAAACGGUGUUCCUGGAAACACGGGGCUCCCCAGAGAUUCUUGGGUGAGAAGUUUGCUCAUUGCAGACAAAGUGCUCAGAACAUAGUUUCUUCCUAAUAAUAACAGUAACAGAAAAAAUUGUUUGUCUAAAUUGUACGCCACCUUUCAUUUCCAAUAAAAGCCAUGGCAAUUUACAGAAAAUUUAAAAUAUUAAAACAAUAUUAUUAUUGUUGUUGUUGUUGUUGUUGUUGUAACUUCAAUAUGUGUGGUGUUUUGCAAAAGGUUAGCUCCUUGCCUUGAGGACCUUACAGUCUAAAAUAUGACGCAAGAAAAACGAAGGAAGAGGAGAGAGGUGAAGGCAGAGUUUAAAGGGAGAAUCCUAUUUUAAUCAUUUCAGGGCCACAAAUGCAGGGAUGCGGGACCUGCAACCUUCUAGAUCAGGGGCCAGCAAACUUUUUCAGCAGGGGGCCGGUCCACUGCCCCUCAGACCUUGUGGAGAGCCGGACUAUAUUCUGAAGGGGGGAAAACGAAUUCCUAUGCCUCACAAAUAACACAGAGAUGCAAUUUAAAUAAAAGGACACAUUUGACUCAUGUAAAAACACACUGAUUCCCGGACCGUCCAUGGGCUGGAUUUAGAAGGCAAUUGGGCCGGAUCUGGCCCCCGGACCUUAGCUUGCCUACCCAUGUUCGAGAUGACAGAAUCAUAGAGUCAGAGAAUUGUAGAUUUGAAAGGAACCCUGAGGGUCAGUGCAGGAAUCUCAACAGGUGGUUCCCCAUCCAAAUCGAAACCAUACCUGGCCCUGCUUAGCUUUGCAGAUUCGUCAGUGGUUUUGUUGCUGCGCCCCAUUAAGGCAAUAAACCAUCAAGUUGUCCAAAUGGUAAUAAAUAUAAUAUCUUGGCAGUGUACCAUGAAAUCAUUAAAACUUCCAGAAAUUAUAAAUUCAUGGCAUACAGAACAAAUGGUCAACACUGAAUCAAAUUCAUUAUCUAAAUUUUUUAGCUGUGUUUUAUUAAUGGAUUUAUUUGCACAUUGCUUGUGCACAUUAUAAAUCAUCUAUCUUAUCUUCACUGGUGGUGGUGUAAAUAUGUAAACUUUUUUUGGCAAAGGGAGUUUAAGGAAAUAACAGAAAUCACUGCGUUAAAGCUGACCGAAAGUCCAGAGGUAGCAUUAUUAUCUAUUUACAAUGGGGUGGAAGGUUCACAGGCUAUGAAGGACUUGCUUACAAAUUUAUUGACAGCUGCACGAAUUACGAUAGCUAGGAAGUGGAAGGGGCAAGCAGAAUAUAAAAUGGAAAAAUGGUAUAAAGAGGGGUGGGUUAUAGCUAUUAAUGAUUAAGUAAUAUGUGCCAUUAAGAUAAGAUGGGGAAUAUGCAGGAGAAAUGAUUUUGAGGAGACAGGGAGAGUGUUUGUAGAAUUUAUACUGUUAAAAUGAAAGGGGUCAAACCAUCGCAAGACGUGUUGAAAUUUUGGGAUGUUAGAUAGUUGCAAUGGAAUGGUCUCGGGGGUGGGGUGCACAUUUUUAUUCUUAUAUAUUUGUGAUUAUUACUUUGUCAAAACAAAAAACAAACAAACAUCUAUCUAAAUAUAAUUAAAUAAAUAAAUAUCAUCUUUCUGAUUCUUCUGGCUGCUGGAUCCGUGCAGCUCAUAUUUUUGAUUCAUAGGUGUACGUGAAAUAUAUCCCAUGGUGACUCUUCCUGGUUUUCCAUCUGUCUCCUACCCCAAACAGUACUUUCAGGUUGAGAGCAAUGGCGCCCGAAAGCCACAUGUCCGAGCCCAUCUGCCUGAUCGAGAACAGGGACAGGAAGCUCUUUGUCUGUGAAAAGGCCCUUCGCCUGCUCUCCGAAAUUCACCAGCCGGUGGUGGUGGUUGCCAUUGUGGGACUCUACCGAACGGGCAAGUCCUACCUCAUGAACAAACUAGCUGGCAGAAACUCAGGUGAGAGUGAAAAUUGCAGCGAACCCUGGAGAGGGAGGGGAGCAAAUGCUAAAUUUAAGUGUUUUAUGCUCAAAUGGGUUUGUGUGUGUGUGUAUGGACCACAGAGUGCCCUUCUGUGCAGAGAGAAUCAUGUAGUAACUUAUUCUGAGCACAGUUCAAAGUGUUGGUGCUGACCUUUAAAGCCCUAAACAGCCUCGGCCCAGUAUACCUGAAGGAGCGUCUCCACCCCUAUCAUUCUGCCCGGACACUGAGAUCCAGCGCCGAGGGCCUUCUGGCAGUUCCCUCAUUGUGAGAAGUGAGGUUACAGGGAACCAGGCAGAGGGCCUUCUUGGUGGUGGUGCCUGCCCUGUGGAACACCCUCCCUUCAGAUGUCAAGGAAAUAAACAACUAUCUGACUUUUAGAAGACAUCUGAAGGCAACCCUGUAUCAGGAAGUUUGUAAUGUCUGAUGUUUUAUCAUGUUUUUAAUAUUCUGUUGGGAGCUGCCCAGAAUGGCUGGUGAAACCCAGCCAGAUGGUGGGGUAUAAACAACAACAACAAUUCAAAGACAGUUAAUGUGUUCCAAGACAACAAUUUGGACACAACUUCCACAAGAGUCCAGCAUGACUCUAAUCCUAGUUUUCCUGGUACAUCUCUUUGUAAAAUGUAGAAUAUUAGUAGAGUAUCUGAUCUGCAUGUUUAAGUUCCCAGGUUGAAUGUUCGUAGUCUGAAAACCCUGGUGAAUUGCUGUCAGUCAGGGUAGUCAAUACUGGGUUAGAUGGGCUGAUUCAGUGUCAGGAACCUUUCUAGUUUCCUAAACAGAAGCCCACUUUUCCUACCACCCUAUCCCCCUGUGUGGGAGAGGGAACUACACCCCUGAAAUGUUGUCACUUGUACAGUGGUACCUCGGGUUAAGUAUUUAAUUCGUUCAGGAGGUUCAUUCUUAACCUGAAACUGUUCUUAACCUGAAGCACCACUUUAGCUAAUGGGGCCUCCCGAUGCCGCCACGCCGCCGGAGCACAAUUUCUGUUCUCAUCCUGAAGCAAAGUUCUUAACCUGAGGUACUAUUUCUGGGUUAGCAGAGUAUGUAACCUGAAGCAUAUGUAACCUGAACCGUAUGUAACCCGAGGUACCACUGUAAUCUGUUUAAGAUGUAAGAGCCUUCCAAGAGAAAGGGUACCAGCCCCGUUCCCUGAUCUUACUAGCUCACAUGUUUCUGGCUUCCUAAAUCCUGAAAAUUUGAUUAUCUCCAUGGUUAGGUUUCCCCCUGGGUUCUACGGUGCAGUCGAAGACCAAGGGAAUUUGGAUGUGGUGCGUCCCUUACCCUGGCAGGCCUGGUCAAACCCUUGUGCUUCUGGAUACAGAGGGACUAGGCGAUGUGGAAAAGGUAAUUCUGAACUCUUGGAUGGCGCACCCGCUGAAUUUCUGCCUAGCAUGUACGGGCAUAGGACAUAACAGCAUUUGUGGCAGGGCCAGGCGCAACAUACCUGCCACCAUACCCAGCUGCUGAAGGAUCAUUGCCAGGUAUUUGUCUACAGAACCAGAAAAUGCACACAUCAACAGAGAUAAAUGUUUUAUACAUUCAAAGUGCCACUCUGAGGCUGAAACCAGGUCUUGGCGAAGGGACUGUGAAAACAAGCAGGUGUGAGGCUGCCGAACUCUUUGUAAACUACAGGAAAGCCCCAAGUAUGACUAAUUAUUUUGGCUGCUGGGAUUUUGAUGGCUCAGCACAACUUAUGUAAUUUUUGGAAUUUCCAGUCCGUUGAAGUUGAGAGCUGGAAGAAGGUCUAUAGUGUGAAUCUGGUGCUUGUUGCUUUCCCAUCCACAAUGGUGUGGGAUAGCAAAGGACAAGCUCGAGCCUACAUGAGCAAACAUCGCUACACCAAUGGUAUUUCUCAACUUCCUUGCACACUUGUGCUUUAGAGUUGUGCCACUUUGUUUCUGGCAACAAUAGCAUCAGCCUGAGGAACAGAAAGUGUUUAGGGAAGUUUUUAAUUUGAUGUUUUAUCGUAUUUUUAAUAUUCUGUUGGAAGCCUCCCAGAGUGGCUAGGGAAACCCAGCCAGAUGGGCGGGGUAUAAAAUUACUAUUAUUAUUAUUAUUAUUAUUAUCCUUGAAAAGCUUUUCUCUGGCAUGGGAACAAGUGUUGGGCAAAGCUUUCCCUGCUUGAUUUUGACGUGACUAGCUGCUGUUAAAAACCCAGAAUCGGGGACAGCCCAGCACCAACAGCACUUUGGUUCUCAGUAGUGCAACUGCGUCAGUGGCAGUCCUUAGCCCGCUACGCCAGCUUUCCCAGGGCCAAGUAAAAGCAACAAAUAACUUGAAUCAGUACUUAUGUACUGUGCAGCUCAGUUGGUUAGAGCAUGGAGCUGAUAAUGUGAAGGUUGCAGGUUCGAUCCCCGCAUGGGACAGCUGCAUUGUAUUCCUGCAUCGCAGGGGGUUGGACCAGAUGAUCCUCAGGGUCAUAGAAUCAGUUCUAUGAUUCUGUGAACAAUAUUUGCAGCAACACUGCGGUGGAAGGGGAGAAGCAGAACCUAACAGCUUCGUGUGACGUUAACAUCUGAGAGAGUGCUGGAGGUGAAAUAGUUAAACAGGUUACCCAAUCAGGACCCAGGGGCUUGGAGUCAGAGGGAUUAUAAAACCAGCUCUGGGAGGGUUGCGGGAGUUUGUUGGGAGUUGGGUGGUUGGUUGGAGUGGGAGUGAGUUGGAAUAGAGUCUGUGGGUAGGUUGAGUUAGUGUAGCAAAAUAAGCUGAGUCAUGAACAGUUAGGGGCUAGGAAGACAAGUAAAUAUCUGAGAGGUGGUUUAGUGAGUGAGAGCAGGUAGUGGAAGUUAUAGGUCUGGAUAGGCACCCCAUGAAUGUAAUUGACUGUUACUGUUUAUGAAACCACACACUUGUUAAACUGCAAUAAAUAAACAAAAGUUUAUGUUCCAAUUUAACCCUGACUGGACUCAGUAUUGUCCCAGGUAGGGCUUGGGUGUUGGGAGCAAGAAAUAAAGUGGUGGCACAGGGAUCAAUAGACGGUGAAAUGGCCGGGGCCCCUGUGUGAUUGCCACACUUUCUUCCUCCUUUCUUAGGGCGACACUCAAAACGACACCUGGAUCUUCGCUUUGGCUGUGCUCCUGAGCAGCACCCUGGUCUACAACAGUUUUGGUGCCAUUGACCAGCAAGCUAUGGAUCAGCUUCAGUAUCCUUCCCAAGGACUAACUCUGAUUUUCAUUUGCUGGAGGGAGUUGGAGGAAGUCCUGUAUUGGCUCUCUCUCUUUAGGACAUUCCCUCUUGUUACUCUAGAGCAGUAGGAAAUAUUUUUCAGCCCAGGGGCCACAUUAUUUUAUGUGCAACCUUCCAGGGGCCAUGUGUCAGUGGUGGGUGGGACCAGAGGCAAGAGUGUGCAGAACAACGGGUACAACUCUAACCUUUGUAGUGUUAGGUUUUCAUCCUUUUUUGGUAUUGUGACCCACAAGUCCACAGAGCAAGCCAGCAGUAAAUCAUACCGUUCAAAGUUGGUGAUAACUUAGAAGAGGAGUCAGACUGGGAAGAGGAAGUCUCAGAAGAUGAGGAGGUUAUGUUAGCCCCAAAAUGGAAAAUGAACAAGCUUCCAACCAAAGAAGAAUGGCAACUUACUUGACAGACUAUUCACAACUUGCAGGCUUAGCAUACAGAGUAAGAGAACAAAAAGAACAUACAUUUAAAGAAGAUUGGAAAAUGUUUAUUGAAUAUAUGGAAAAUAAUUGUGCCCAGCUGAAAACGCUGGCAACAUUAAGAUAAAUUCAACAGUGUAAAUGAGUUUUGAUGGAUGCGAUAACGGUAAACUGAUUGGUAUAGUUUUUUGUACAAUAUGCAGGGAUUUAAGAUAUGUAAAAUGAACCAUGGAAAGAGAAGAGAAGUCAUUGACAUCUUAAGGAUGUAAAAUGAGAAUUUGAAAUUGUAAAACAGAAAAUUUAAUAAAAAUUAUAUACAUAAAGAAGAUGAGGAGGUAACAGGGUUUAGUGAGCAGGAAGAAUCUGUGGCAGAGAGCAGUCCACAAUCAAAGGCAGAAGCCAAAGCCGGCGAGUGGGAGGAUGCCAAGAGGAAGAUGAGUCAGGUCGAUGAAAAGUCACAGGAGUCUCCCCAUCCUGCUGCUACAAUCUUCCCUCCCCACUUGUCUCCCAGAACCAGAAGAGGGCUGAAAUGGGCAGAGCAGUGGCAAGUUGCAUGCAGGCGCAGUCUCUGAUUGUUUGGGGAAAGCCCUGGAGAGGAGGGACCUAGACUGCUGUGGGGAGGUGGGGACUUUCAGUCUCAGCAAUGGAGUCAAGGGGCAAGACCUAUCGGAGGUGAGCUGCUGCGCUCCUUUGGCCUGACACUCAACCAAGUCCAUGAAGAUCCUGCUUUUGCUAAUAAAGAGUUAACUCGCAACUUUGAACAUCUUUGACAUCAUUUUUCUAAAACUGCCAUCCAUGUGCCACAUAAAGUUGAAGGGCUUUUCUCUCCUGCUGUAACUUUGUUUUCCUGUGGCAAUAAUUUCACAGCAGGCCACCAUUGGGGGCGGGAUGGGGGGGGGGAGGACUUCCGGGGUGGCGCCAUCGGCAAUGGCGGACUCCCUCUGAUCUGGAGGGACCAGCUCCGCGCGAAACGGGUCUUUUCCGCUACGGCGAAGCGGGGACCCUUCUAGAAAUCACAGGCGGAUGAAGCCUGUGACCAUGGGACUCGGCGGGCACCCUUAGCGCCCCCCCAACCCGCAAAGGAACCCAUUAACGGGCUCUGAAGCGAAGAGGGGGAAGUGGCGUGGUGCUGUGAGUCAAUUGCUUUUUCCGUGGAGCGAAGCCGCAUAGCCAUUGCCGGAGAGCGCUGCCUUUUUCCUGGGACAAUUUGGCAUCUAAAAUAAUCACCCGUGAGUACUUAAACAUUGAACAACUGGACUUUAAAUAAGAACUGGCGAGCAGAAAGGAAUUGGACUUUAAAAUUUAUUUCAAUUUGGUACUGAAACGGGAAGGUCUAAACAGGAAGUCAGCCUUCCGUUUCUUUGUAGUCAGAAUAAAGCAAAGACAAUGUAAACUAGAGCUUAGAAAAUCACUUCCAAAGGAUUGGCUUUCAUCAUUUAAAAUUGUUGAACCCCCCUUCGGUAGCAGGAGAAGAAGGGGGAUCUUUUUUGGACUGUUUAAACCUGCAGAAGUGAGUUUAAAGCAAAGUAACUUUCCACCGUCCUGAUCCUGGAGCGGGGUGUCAGAACUGACGUUUGAAGCUCAUUGACCAGAGACAAAUGCUUUUGACAGACAGCUAAAAGAAGAGUAACAUUGUGAUGCCACUGUUUCCUUUCGCAUUUUUAAAGGAACAAAUAUUGACAAAAUAUCUUAAAAAAGAAACUUUGUUGCUAUUGUCUUUAAAAGAAAGAACAACCAGAAGUUUUCCCCCUAGAGGGAGACUGUGAAACUGUAACUAAUUCCAGGGAGCUUGCAGCUGCCACAGAUUACAAUCGUGGGAAAGGACUUGUGACCUUGCAGGACAAUGUUUUCAGAGGCUCUGUUGUGUGCUCUCUGUAAAACAAAUGCCCUAUUGGAUCAGUUAAGUCAGAAGACGGAUUUGAUGACUAAUGCGGUCAGAACUUUUGAACAGGUAGUGGGAAACUAUAUGGAGCCCACCCAGGAACUAAAACAGGAGUGUGCCAUGACAGAACAGAUGAGAGAAGAGGACGUUGCUGAAUCUUGGGUGCCAGAAAGGGAGGGAUUUUCAGCCCUGCAGGAAUAUGAGCCUUUGGAUUUGACAAAUGAACUUGGGAAAAACCAGAUUUGGAAAGAUAAAGUUUGGAUUGGUUUGGAAAUGGGGGGUUGGACUGACCCCCCCAUGCAGGGAAGUUUGGACUUUCCGAGUCUGGCAAUGGGCCGUCAGAUGUUUGGAGCUGUGGGGGCUCUCAAUUUUGGAGGGAAUCUGAAACAUGUCUUUAAAUACCACAUGGAGUUUAGUCUGCACUAUGGAAAAGGGGCUGAUUUGUUGAAAAGGGUCAAAAACAUUACCAAGCUGGAGUUCCCACGAGUGAAAGGAAAAUAUGAAGAAGAGCCGCGGAAGGGACAUGGAAGAGACUUGAGGGCCUCGGAUAUAAGGUCACCAGGUUAAUGCACUAGAUCAGUGGGAUAAAAAGGACUGACAAAACCCGGGACCAGGAGGAAGGGACGCUGGAUGAAGAUUGGAUUGUUCUUAUUUCUUUUUUUUAUCAUUAGGAUUGUUUUAUAAAAUUGAUGAAUGUUAGAAAAAUGUUGAAAUGAAAUUACUUGGCUCUAGUAAAAAUGUUUAAAGAAUUAGGUAAGAAUGUUAUGGCUAUGAGAAGCCGGUAAAAAUAAGAUUUAAGUUUUAAGCUUUAAGGUUUUCUAUAAGAUAAGGGGAAAAUAGAUUAAGGUAAUGUAAUGACAGAAUAUUAUGAAUUAUGGAAAGGACUUGCUGCGAUAAUUAUUAAUUAGGAUACAAGAAAAGGGAGGAGGAGGAGGUCAAAGAAAGAAGGUAAUGAAAGUGGAGAAUUUGAGAAUGAUGGAUUUAUUUUUUCUUUUUCUUUUUCUGUUUUGUCUUUUUUUGUAAUUUUAAAUUUUUUUCAAUAAAUAUCAUUAAAAAAAAAAGGGAUGGGGGGGGAAGAGGCAUGGAAAGGGCACAUAGUGAGGACAUCAUCACCACAAAUGCAGCUGCAUGAGGAUUUGUUCUGCACAUGCAAUGGAAAAGGUUAAUGAGAUGGCGCUCCAAAAUAUGCAGCAGUUUAAAGGUACAGGACUUUUCUCGUUUGCAUCGAACUGUCUGUUCUGUAUUGCAUGGUGGGGGUAUUUUGAGGGGCUGCUUGUUCUCCCCCUGUGCAGGCAACUGGUCUCUUGAUUCCUAAACCUGGCCAACAGCUAUGUGACAGAGCUCACAGAGCGCAUCAAAGCCAAAUCGUCCCCCGGGGGAGGCAGUGAGGGACUGGAAGACUCUGCUGAGUUUGUCCGCUUCUUCCCAAGUUUCGUCUGGGCCUUGCGGGAUUUCACCUUGCAGCUGGAGCUGAAUGGGCGCCCCGUCACUGAAGACGAGUAUCUGGAACAUUCCUUGAAAUUAAAGAAAGGUACUGACAGUGGCGGUGAAUUCAAUGGCUUCCCCCAAUGAAUGCCAGAAAAUGCUGUUUGUUAAAUGUGCUGAGAAGUGUUGGAAAACUGCUCUUCCCCUUCCCAGACUACAGAGUUCCCUGGGAAGGAGUAUUGGUUGUUAAACCACUCUGGGAAUUGUAGCUUUUGGGGGAGAUUAGGGGUCUCCUAACAACUCUUUGCACCCUUAACAAACUCCAGUUCCCGGAAUUCUCUGGGGGAAGCCAUGACUGGUCAAAAUGGUAUCAUAGUGCUUUGAAGUAUUGUGUGAAUGUGGCUUUAGUUUAAUACCAGUCUAGGUGUGUUAACAUCAUGUCUUUACUACCUAGCAGAGUCGUGCUUCAAAGCACGUUUGAUGUGUUUACACAUCACAUUUAUUUGAAACAGUUGCAGCUUUCCUCUGCACAAAAUUCCUCCCAACAAACCACAAUAAAAUACAGUAUAUAAACUGUUCCAAAGGGGUAGCCAAGUUCCUCUGUUGCAGCAAACGCAACGGAACCUUGCUAACUUACUAACAGCUGUAGGAAUAACUGAGACCACAGGUUGAAUGCGGGUGAGCUAUGCGGAAGCAAGCUAAUCGGCUAGCUCGGCAGAGCCUCUUUUAUUGGCAAAAAUCAACAGUUGCAAAGCUGUAGUGAAACCACUCUGAACUUUAACAUAUUUCCAUCUAAGCACAGUCCCAGCAUUAGCAAAUACACAUGUCAGCAGGUGUUUCCCUCAAAUGUCCCCCCCCCAUACUUGAUAACACCUGCUUUCCCUGCCAUGCUCCAGCCAGGCGAUAUGUCUAAGCAAACAGUUUGUGAAAGGACAAAAGGUCAGGGGGAAAACCCUGUUUUCUAGCCAAGAAGGCAAAAGGUCAGGGAAAGCAAGCGUAACAUUGACAUGCUGUGGCAUGUCUUUGUGCGAGGUUUGCCUUUGCAAAACGGAGCGUUACCCCCACAAACAGCCAGCUCUGGUAGGCCCCAGUCAGCAUGGACACUGCUUAGGGAUGAUGGGAGUUGCAGUCUCCCAUCAUCAGGCUGGCUAACACAGCUUUGUAACUUGCAUGUGUGUAUAUAUCUGCCAACUUGGGAUAACAUUCCAUGCACCUGAGAGAGUAAGCUUAUGCCAUAACAUACUUGCUAGUCUUUAAAGUGCAUGAGACUGUUGUUUUUAGCAUAUAUAUUUAAAAACACUCAGAAUUCAUAAUGCACCUGAAAUUACUAGUUGUUGCUUAAAACUUAGAAACUUAGAAACUCAUGCCUAUAGGCUUGCCAUCUAAAGUUAGAUCUAAGAGUCAGAAUGGGGGGGGAAGCAAGGAAGAGGGGAAAGGGUUGUGUGCCUAUGUACUUGAUAAGGAUAACCAUGAAGUAUAGUAUGCCUUCGCUUCUGUAGUAUGAAAUAUCCGCCUUGCUCAAAUCCCACUUUUCCUCUUCCAUGUUCCAACCCACUGGUAUCUUUGCAUUUCCGUGUGCCAUUUCAGAUUUACCCACAAGCUCCCCAUCUCCUGUUAAUAUUUGUACUGGUACUGUAUUUGUUAGAAAAUGUAUUUUACAAAGAGUGAUUUGUACUGGGGGGAAAGAAAACCUAUGUAAUGUAACAGCUGCAGAAUCUUGUGACUCCGAUUAAGGUCACAGAAAUGCUGACUCAUUGCCUUGUUAAUUUGUUAACUCCCUUUAAAAGUGAGUGUGUUUCUUAGAUAGGAGGGGAGGGAGUUGGAGGUUGUCUUGUUGUUGUUUCAUUGACCAACAACAACAACAACAACAACAACAACAACAACGGAGUGUGGAAACUUCAAGCAGAUGCUGUGUCUGGAGGAGUUUGUGAGGACAGACAAAUCAGCAACUCAGCAGUUCUCAACCUGUGGGUCCCCAGAUGUUGUUGGACUACAACUCCCAUCAUCCCUGAGCUCUGGCCUUGCUAGCUAGGGGUGAUGGGAGUUGUAGUUCAACAACCUCUGGGGACCCACAGGUUGAGAAAGGCUGUCUUACUGCUAUGAAAGAGUUUUUGAAGCAAGAAGCAAAAAGAUCCUCUCUUGGGCUCAAAUGCAUUGUAUUGGACUUUAUAUGCACAAAUAAUACUGAUUGUUAACAGCUGCCACCCUGCAAGUAAAGAGUCAUCUUCAGAGUCCUGGUUCUGGAGGAUACUUCAUCAUGAAGGCUUUGAGGGUGAAACCCCUGCAUGACUCAGGAAAAUAGCUAACAUCUCCAUCGUCUUCUUUCCAGGCGAUGCCUCUGAUGUUCAGCUGUACAACCUGCCUCGCAAAUGCAUCCGGAUGUUCUUCCCCACUCGCAAGUGUUUCAUUUUUGACCGACCCACUACUAGGAAGAACCUGCCCCAUCUGGAGUCGAUGCAGGAGAGCCAGCUGGAGCCCGACUUUGUGGAACAAGCCGGCCAGUUCUGCCGUUACAUCUAUAGUACAUCCAAGGAAAAGACCAUCCCCGGAGGAUACCUUGUCAAUGGCCGCUGUGAGUCCUGGUAACUGUGUAGUCCUCCUCAGACUAGCUGGUUGGCAGCUGGAUGGCCCUGUGCACCUGCCAUAAUUGCCCCAGGGAGGAGCUUGGGAUCUGGCCCACCAUCCUAGCUACUUGGUUUUGCAUUGCAAUGGGCCACUCUGAGCACAGGCAGUUCAGUGUGUCUUCCCACAACUAGCUCCUUUUCUUUUUCCCCCUGGUAGUGCUGGCAAACCUAGUGACAACCUAUGUGGACACCAUUCGCAGUGGGCAAGUGCCUUGCAUGGAGAGCGCAGUGCUGGCCUUGGCUGAGAUUGAGAACUCGGCUGCUAUCCAUGAUGCUACUGUGCGCUACAGGGAGCUGAUGGAUCAAAAGCUGAAGCUUCCUACGGAGACGGUCCAGGAGCUGCUGGGGAUCCAUGCCGAGUGUGAGAAGGAGGCCCUGCAGGUGUUCCUGGCUCAUGCCUUCAAGGAUGACAAACAACGGUUCCAGGUGGAACUCAUGGUAGGUUGUCCCUUGAUCCCCUGUAUAUUAACAUGCUGCAAACUGUAUAUUAUACCCAAAUAUUCAGAUUUUUGUCCACCACACGGGAAUCUUUUGGUGGAGGGUGGUUAAGAAAUGUCUUGAACAAUUUUAUUCUGAAAAUAAAUCUGGGCGCACAAAGUCUGUUCUCCCAGAUUAGAAAUGUUUCGAAGUGCUUAGCUAUGUCUCAGCUUUAUUUUGUUUGUGUUGCCAGAAAACCAUGGACCAGAUGAAGGAGGGCUUCUGCCAAAAGAAUGAGCAGGAAUCUUCAAAACUCUGUUGGGCUGUGUUGAUGUCCUUGUCUGGGGAGCUGGAGGAAAACAUCAAACAAGGGGUUUACUCCUGCCCUGGCGGUCACAAGCUGUUUUCGGAUGACCUGAAGGAAAUGGAACAGAGAUACCACCAAGAACAGAAGAAAGGAGUGAUGGUGAGGAAGCGCGAGGGCUGCUGAAUGAACAUCUUAAAGGGGCAUUAUAAAGCUCGGCUAAUUGGAGGGUGGGGGUGCACUCCAAAUCAUGGUUUUCUCAGAAUUCAAAUUGCCAAAACCUGAAACACAUUUCAUAGGUGUGGCUGAAACAGGUGCAAAGUUCAUAUCUGAGUACCAGAGCUGGAGAUUGGGUACUGAAAUUGUGACUGGGGAAACCCAGCCAGAUGGGCGGGGGUAUAAGACAACAACAACAACAACAACAACAACAACAACAACAACAACAACUCUUGCUACACAAUUGCACCAUUUUUAAAAUUCUGAAUCUAUGAAAAAUUAAGGCUUGUCUGACUGCAGUCUAAUAGCUCAUUGUUCAACCCGGUAGGAAACAGAAAGGCAUACAGCUGAAACAAGCUCAGAUUCCUGGUCCAGUCGAGAGACAUAUAAAAAGUAGACGGGGAGAAAGAUUGUGGGAGGUUGUUCUGCUUCCCCUAGCAAUGUGCCUGAGCUUCCCAAUUUAGGACCUAUGUAGAUGUGACACAGGAAGUCCACAGUGCUUUGAAAUUUACUUAAAAUCAAUUGCUAGAGAUUGCAGAUUGGACUAGGACACAGUGGCACUGAGAGAUCCUUGCGUUAUGGGAUAUUUGGAGGGCUGUUUAGCUCAGGAAAGCAGAUGACCUUUUCUUCCAUCCUGGCUGCUCUGAUGUGAUGUGCAGUCCCCAGCAGUGUUAAGUAACUUUCAGAAUGCUAGCAGAUCCAGUCACAGGCAUCCCUCAACAUAUCUGCUUAGGCUCUUGUUGUUGUUGUUUAGUCGUUUAGUCGUGUCCGACUCUUUGUGACCCCAUGGACCAGAGCACGCCAGGCACUUCUGUCCUCCACUGCCUCCCGCAGUUUGGACAGACUCAUGCUGGUAGCUUCGAGAAUACCACCCAACCAUCUCGUCCUCUGUCGUCCCCUUCUCCUUGUGCCCUCCAUCUUUCCCAACAUCAGGGUCUUUUCCAGGGAGUCUUCUCUUCUCAUGAGGUGACCAAAGUAUUGGAGCCUCAACUUCAUGAUCUGUCCUUCCAAUGAGCACUCAGGGCUGAUUUCCUUCAGAAUGGAUAGGUUUGAUUUUCUUGCAGUCCAUGGGACUCUCAAGAGUCUCCUCCAGCACCAUAAUUCAAAAGCAUCAAUUCUUCGGCGAUCAGCCUUCUUUAUGGUCCAGCUCUCACUUCCAUACAUCACUACUGGGAAAACCAUAGCUUUUACUAUACGGACCUUUGUUGGCAAGGUGAUGUCUCUACUUUUUAGGAUGCUGUCUAGGUUUGUCAUUGCUUUUCUCCCAAGAAGCAGGUGUCUUUUAAUUUCGUGGCUGCUGUCACCAUCUGCAGUGAUCAUGGAGCCCAAGAAAGUAAAAUCUCUUACUGCCUCCAUUUCUUCCCCUUCUAUUUGCCAGGAGGUGAUGGGACCAGUGGCCAUGAUCUUCGUUCUAAGAGCUUAGGCUCUUAUAGGGCCACAAUUCUAGGGGUGAAUAAUACAGAGGACGCGGGUGGCGCUGUGGUCUAAACCACUGAGCCUCUUGGGCUUGCUGAUCAGAAGGUUGGCGGUUCGAAUCCCCACGAUGGGUUGAGCUCCCAUUGCUCUGUCCCAGCUCCUGCCAACCUAGCAGUUCAGAAACAUGCCAGUGCGAGUAGAUAAAUAGAUACCGCUGUGGCGGGAAGGUAAACCGUGUUUCCGUGCGCUCUGGUUUCUGUCACGGCGUUCCAUUGCGCCAGAGGUGGUUUAGUCAUGCUGGCCACAUGACCCAGAAAGCUGUCUGUGGACAAACGCUGGCACCCUCUGCCUGAAAGCAAGAGGAGCGCUGCAGCCCCAUAUUCGCCUUUGACCGGAUUUAACCGUUCAGGAGGAGUCCUUUUUAAUACAGAGGUAAUAGAAGAAGGAAAUCCACAACCCUUAGCUGCACGAUGAGAUCUACUUUGUGCCUGAAAUGAAAGGGGUGCCUGCCAGGGAGUCAAAUGCCAUCUGGGCCAGCUAUCUUCUCACAGUCCAUGCUUCAGACAGUCUCCCUUCCUCUUUACUAUUAACAUCACUGCAGAAAUGUUCAUGCAUUUGUAUUUCUCCUUUCUCACCUUAUUAAGCAAAAAUGGGAAACUUGAAGCAGGCAGGGGACCCAAUCUGUUUUAGCCGGCCUCUCUUCAUUCACUCUGCUGACUCUUCUGUUGCAGGCGGAGACAGUCCUACAGCAGUUCCUCAAGGAGAAGGAGAAUGUCAGCAGAGCCAUACUGCUAAGUGAUAAAGCUCUGUCAAAGAAAGAGAAGGAAAUGGCAGGUAAGGGGAUGGGAAAGUAGCAUGCAUGGGGCAGUGGUCAACAAUGUGGCUCCCUGGAGGUCUUCCCCUGGGGCCCAUGAAGACUCUGGGCCUCCCCACAUGCUGCCCACUUCGUCAUGAGGUUGUGGGUGUGGUUAUCUUUUUACCCCUUGAAAAUGACAUAGAAGCAUGUUGGAAAAAGAGACAUUUUCUCCCACUUUCUCUUUCACCUCUGUGUGCUUUUCAAGGCUGAUGGUAUAUGGCUGUAUAUAAAUUUUAAUAAUAAUAAUAAUAAUAAUAAUAAUAGUAAUAAUAAUAAUAAUAAUAAUAAUAAUCAUAAUCUGCUUACAGAAAGCUUCUGCAGAGGUUUGAUUAAAUCCCACGUUUGCUGAGCAUUCAUUGUGAUUUGUUUAUGACAUUGAACAUUCAUCCUGACUUGCUUGUAGGGUGCUUAUACAUUUUCCCUUUUACUCAUUCACAUCCCACAAUUUUCAGUUCAAUUGCCUGUCACUUUCCUAACAGCAGAAAAAGUUUCUUUUUUAAGUGGAAUUCUUGCGCUAGGGCAACAGAAUUCAUUAAUUAACUUGAAUGUGCAAACCUAAAUUUCCUAGUGUUCACUUGAAUCUGUCCCACAAACUACUGCUCUGGAGUAUUUAUUUAUUUCUGCUACUACUUUUCUAUUUUCUAGUUGUUUUGGGGCUUCUUACUUUCUCCAAAUACAGAUAUGAACGGUAUGCAGGGCCACUGAGCAUUAACAAACUUCAAGCAGUAAUUCUGGCCCCUUUAAUCCUAUUUUAGCCAAACCCAAACUCCAUAGCAGUCAGUAACCGUAGAACAAUAUAUUGUGGCUCUGCACAAACACCUGCAGUUAUUCGUUCUUCCUUUUUUUCAUUCCCGGGACAGAGGCGAAGGCAAAGGCUGAAGCUGCGCAGCGAGAGCAGGAGAUCCAGAAGCAGAAGCAAGCUGAGCUGGAACAGAAGAUGGAGGAUCAGAAACGGAGCUACGAGCUGAACAUCCGUCAGCUGGAGGAGAAGAUGGUGAAAGAAAGGGACAAUCUACUGAAAGAGCAGAAUAUGAUGAUGGAGAGUAAACUCAGGGUAACUAUCACAGGCCCAUCUUGGGCCUCUUCUCUAUUUGCAACAAGCAAACACAAGAAUGCUAGUUUGGGUGGUUCUGGAGUUCUGUGCUUCCUUACAAAAUGGAUCAAGUCAGGCUCAGGGGAAUGUUAGCCCUCUUCCUCACAAGCCCAGGGCCCCUAUCUAAUUUAGUUAGCAGUGUUUUUCCUGGUCAGGCAUCCUUGCAAGACACACUCAGCUGUGGAGUGAAGCUUCUGGGGUUGGAAGGAAGUUCGUCGUGAUCUGAGCCAUCUCCUUGGCUGUCAAGUGGCACAGACAAUGACGUUAAAAACUUAAAUUCCAUUCAAUUAGAUGCCUUCUUUAGAACACCAGAAGAAAGCUUUUGCCUUUCGGUUUGGCUGGAAGUAUUCUUAAGCACACCGAAAGCCGAAUCACACCCCUUUUUUCUUUUGAUGUGAAUGCUCUCUCUUUUUGCAGGAGCAAGAGGCUUUGCUGAAGGAUGGAUUUCAGAAAGAAGCAAAUCGACUAAAUGGGGAGAUUAAUCAGCUGAGACAACAGGCUGAAAAUAUCAAGAAGCCAUCUUGGUUUGCAGAGAUGUUGGGUGGUCUGGUAGAUGUCGCCACAUGUUUUUUGCCUGGUAUUGUCGCCAAACUUUCUGGAUCGCUGGCUUCUAACUUUAUAAAGCGCUUGUGA